AUGGCGUCGAGUAGCCAUGAUCGCGGCUCUAGCGACGAGAAUGAUAUUGCCGAGCAUUCAAUCCCCUUACAAGACCUCUCCGGGCCGCAAGAACGAGGACGAGCGCAAGGCAGGGUGGGAAGCCGGCUAUUCUCAGGACGUUCUUUGACCGAGAGGGGACGGCCCUAUGAACGAUUGUCGGAGGAUUCGCCUGUUGAUCAUGGAGGUCGAACUACGGAUUCGCGUUCUACUGAUGGCGCAAACCAAUUCAACGUCGAAGAUCCGGGAGCAUUCGCGGCAGCAAUGUCGUCGGUUGGUCUUGGAUUCGAACCCUCUGGAUUUCAGCAUUUACCACCGAGCGCGUCGUCUUUAACACGACAUGCCCGGGUUGAAUCAGAGUCCGACAUGGACUUGGUCCAUAUUGAUAGCGUCGACCCCCACGAAGCCGAACACUACCUCACUCCUUCCGAGACCUAUCCUGAUACAACUCCUUUAACGAGCAUCCGACAUGUACAACCCAUCAGCGGUGCGUCAAUCACCCCCAGCGGCUCACGGGAUCCAUCAAAUGCACCUUCUGUUCGCUUUGAUGACAGUCACAUGGGGUCGCGCUUGGGGGAUGAUUUGCAUAAUAUGGAGAGUGGUUACAGUGGAAGACGCCGCGCGGAGAGCGUGUCGAAAGACGGGGGACGUUCGCUGUCACCUUCUGUUUCCGGGUCGGCACUGAUGCGCGCAAGUUCGAUGAUGAAGUCCGUCUCCCAACGUGUCGUGAACUUGAGUAACGAGCCGGAAGUGGUAGAGCGGUCUCUCUCAAGAGACUCCCAUAAAAGCUCCCGCAUGGAAGCUCCGCCCUCACUGCCUUCUCUUACAGACUAUGCGCACGAUGCGCCGUCUACCUCUUCGUUCAAUGAACAAAGCUCCAGGGAGAAAUCAGUGGACAGCAAAGCAUGGAAAGAUCUGAGCAAUCCCCUGAGAGGGAAGGCUCUUGGGCUCCUUGGCCCGGAUAAUGCGAUUAGAAUGUGGUUGUGUGAUGUUCUCGUACAUUCAUUUACGGAGCCAUUCAUCUUGGUCGUCAUCAUCAUCCAGACCAUUCUUCUAACUAUCGAAUCAGCGCAGUCGGAAUGGUCUCAGCCACGCCGAGAAUACUGGGGCAUGGACCGCAUGGACUAUCCUUAUCUCGUUAUCUUCAUCAUCUACACCGUCGAGCUUAUUGCCAAAAUUUUAGUUUCCGGACUGUUCUUUAAUCCAGUGGAAUACAGUACAAUAGAUCGGUCAAAAGGCAUUAGGACGGCGCUGAUGGAGAAGGGGAAGAACCUCAUAACACCACAACGACAAUUCUCCACGAGGAAAUCAUCUGCGCACCCAGAAACCCAGCAGGCGUCAAUUCUACGAACGUUCACGGGCGGAUUGAAUCAGAUAGAGCAGCAGCUAGCCGACGACCCGCUCCAGAAGCGCCGUGUCCGGCUUGCUCAUCGGGCUUUUCUCCGGCACUCCUUCAACCGACUGGACUUUGUCGCAGUGGUUGCAUAUUGGAUAAGCUUCGCUUUAGCCAUGGGGGGCAUCGAGUAUACACGCCAGCUCUACGUUUUCCGGAUGCUGAGCUGUCUGCGUACGCUACGUCUUCUAGCGCUAACUAGUGGAACCUCGGUCAUCCUUCGGAGCUUGAAGAAAGCUGCUCCUUUGCUGGUUCACGUUGCUUUUCUGAUCGGAUUCUUUUGGCUCUUGUUCGCAAUAGUGGGCACCCAAAGUUUCAAAUCGAGCUUCAAUAGAACCUGCCAGUGGGUUGGAACGGACUAUGGCGAGGACAACUUCACCAUGAAUGAUCCAUUUGGCUCACUUCAAUUCUGCGGUGGUUGGCUUGAUGAAACAGGCACCCAGAAACCAUGGGUUUACUCAGACGGUUGGGAAAGCGACUCAGAACCCAAAGGGUAUAUUUGCCCUCAGGGUUCCGUAUGCCUUUCAGGGGCCAAUCCCUACAACAAUACCAUGAGUUUCGAUGACAUCCUGCAAUCGCUCGAGCUCGUAUUCGUGAUAAUGAGCUCGAAUACGUUCACGGAUCUUCUCUACUACACCACGGAGAGCGAUUACCUUGUAGCUGCCCUCUUCUAUGCGUGCGGCUUUGUCAUCCUGAGUCUAUGGAUGGUGAACUUGUUGGUUGCUGUCAUUACCCACUCAUUCCAAGUCAUUCGUGAAGAAAGCAAGCGAAGCGCCUUUGCGUCCCAGAAACUUGAAGCAAACGAGGAGGAGGGUGAGUCCUCCCGCAGAGUCAGUACGUUGAAGCGCAUCUAUGACGCGACGUACUGGUUUUGGAUUGCCGUUAUCGUUUUCGACCUUAUUAUGCAAGCCCAGAGGAGCUCUAUUAUGAGCGAUGCCCGAGCCGAGCUUAUUAACAAUUGCGAGAUUGUCGUUACGGUUGCCUUACUCGGCGAGAUCAUACUGCGAUUCAUAUCUGAUUGGCGCAGAUUCCACCAGAGUCGCCGCAACUGGGCCGAUUUGGGGCUUGCGGUUAUCACCUGCAUCAUUCAAGUACCUGCUAUCAGCAACUCGAAGCGCGCAUAUGAUGUUCUUACUCUCUUUCAGAUUCUUCGAGUUUAUCGCGUUGUUCUAGCGUUUGCCGUCACAAGGAACUUGAUCACGCUUGUGUUCCGCAAUGCCGUCGGUCUAUUGAACCUGAUCCUCUUCGUGUUCUUGAUCACGUUUCUUGCCUCUAUAUUCGCAACACAGCUGUUCCGCAGUCAGAUUCCACGAGAAGAUAAUGAUGGGGGUACGAUCGCUAUCACUUUCUCUGACCUAUACAACUCAUUCCUUGGAAUGUAUAUCAUUCUCUCCAGUGAGAAUUGGACUGAGACCCUCUACAAUGUCACCUCGUUCACAUACGACUAUGGCACAGCCUGGAUCUCGGCAUCAUUUGUGAUCUUGUGGUUUAUUGUGGCCAAUUUUAUCAUUCUGAAUAUGUUUAUUGCAGUCAUUCAGGAGAGUUUCGACGUGUCUGAGGACGAGAAGCGACUUCAUCAGGUACGGGCAUUUUUGGAACAAAAGCAAGUCAGCGGCGCAUCUCAAGGAAACUUGUCUCUUUCUAAGAUCUUCAAAUUCGGCCGCGGUUCGGGUCGUUUCAAAGACCCGCUUGAUCAUGGCCCUGCAGCACUGGAUAUGCUCCUGAAGGACGCAGUUGUGCGUGAGUUCCUAGAUGAGGAGAUGCCAGAAAACCAACCCCGCGAGGGCCCUUCAAUGGACAGGGCUACAACUACCGCAGAAGGGCUCGUAGAACCUGGCGUAUUUUCGCGCAUCUGGACGUCGAUCACAUCGUCAGUCUUGCGGCGAGAACCUAAUCCAUUUUAUGCCAAGUUGAAGAUCUCGCGGGCUUACGAAGAAUUGGGCCCUCAAGAAAUGGCUCGCGAGGUGGUCUCGGCAGAGCAACAAAGGAAACGAGAGCAGCGAGAAUACCUGAUACGCCACCCCAAAUACAACACGUCCUUGUUUCUGUUCAAGCCGGAUAACCCGGUUCGAAGACUUUGCCAACAAGUCGUCGGACCAGGACGUGGGUCUCAGCGCGUGGAGGGUGUUGACCCAUAUAAACCCGUUUGGUACACCUUUACUGCUCUGGUUUAUGCAGCUAUCGUGGCAAUGGUUAUCCUCGCUUGCAUCACCACUCCAAUCUAUCAGGCUGUCAAUUUCCAAACAAACAGAGACUGGUUCACAUACACCGAUCUAGGCUUCUCCAUUUUGUUCUCCAUAGAAGCGCUCAUCAAGGUGAUUGCUGAUGGAUUCUUCUGGACGCCUAAUGCGUACUUUCGAAGCUCAUGGGGCUUCAUUGACGGGAUUGUUUUAAUCACCCUUUGGAUUAAUGUGUUGAGUGCGUUGACUUCGGAGCGCGGUGUUUCUAGGGCUAUCGGGGCGUUCAAGGCGUUGAGGGCGUUGAGGCUGCUCAACUUCAGUGACAGCGCCAAAAACACUUUCCACUCCGUUAUUAUUGUCGGAGGGUGGAAAGUCAUUGCUGCUGCCUUGGUCUCGAUGAGUUUCUUGAUCCCAUUCGCCAUCUACGGAGUCACAUUGUUCAAUGGACAACUGGUUGAAUGCAAUGACGACGGAAUAACGGGAAGCUUGGAUGCCUGUGUCGGCGAAUAUAUGAGCGCGCCGUUUAAUUGGGACGUUUUGGCACCUCGAGUUGCCUCAAACCCCUACUAUGACUUCGACAAUUUUGGAGAUUCUCUGUUCAUUCUUUUCCAGAUUGUCUCUCAAGAAGGUUGGACAGCGGUUCAGUCCAGCGUGAUGAGUAUUACAGGUAGCGGACAGCAACCAGAGUCGUUUGCAGCUCCAGAAAACGGGCUAUUCUUCAUAGUGUUCAACUUGCUCGGUGCCGUCUUUGUCUUGACGCUCUUCACAUCUGUGUUCAUGCGCAACUACACGGAGCAAACUGGAGUUGCUUUCCUAACGGCUGAGCAGCGAUCUUGGCUUGAAUUGAGGAAACUACUCAGACAAGUAUCCCCGUCCAAGCGGAGGUCCGCCGAGAAAAGCACGACCUGGAAGCAGUGGGCUUACCGUAAAGCCUACAAGAAGCAUGGUCGCUGGGCGAAAUUCGUUACCUGCAUUCUUGUGCUUCACCUUAUACUGCUGUUUAUCGAAUUUUACCCCGAGGACAAGGUUUGGAGCAAGAUUCGGGACGCCAUCUUCUUCUCGUUCAACUUUAUCUACGUUGCCAAUGUCCUCCUGCGUAUGGCUGGACUGGGCUGGCACCGCUUCAGUACAAGCUCAUGGGACAUGUACGCCCUGCUCGUUGUUCCUAGUACUAUCGUCACAUCCAUUUUGAACUUCACGUCAUACGAGCGACGAAAGACUAUUGAGGUGCUGAACAAGUUAUUCCUUGUGGCCAUCACAUUGCUGCUCAUUCCUCGCAACAAUCAGCUCGAUCAACUGUUCAAGACUGCAGCGGCCAGUUUAACGUCAAUUGGCAACCUACUGGCGACUUGGUUUGUUUUGUUCCUCGUUUACGCCAUCGCGAUGAACCAGGCCUUCGGCCUCACGAAGUUUGGUGACAAUGAAUCCGGUAACAUAAAUUUCAGAGAUAUCCCAAGGGCACUGAUUUUGCUUUUCCGGACGAGCUGCGGUGAGGGAUGGAACGAGCUCAUGGAAGAUUUUGCAAUGAUGGAGCCACCGAUGUGUAGUGACCACGACGGGUUCUUUAACAAUGACUGCGGGAGCAAGGGCUGGGCUCGAGCGCUGUUCAUUUCGUGGAACAUCAUCAGCAUGUACAUUUUCGUUUCUCUAUUUGUCUCGCUGAUCUUCGAGAGUUUCUCCUACGUCUACCAGCGAAGCAGCGGUCUAUAUGUGAUAAGUCGCGAAGAACUCCGUCGCUUCAAGCAGGCAUGGGCUGAGUUCGACCCGGAGGGCACGGGUUACAUCACCAAGGAGCAGUUCCCACGGCUUUUGAGGGAACUGACGGGUAUAUUCGAAGUGCGCAUAUACCAGGGUGAUUUCAUGGUCCCGCGCAUCCUUGAUGAAUGCAAGGUCGACAAGCGGGACUCGCUCCUAGCGCACCGGAGAGUUUUUGAGGGAGUUGACCUCGACAAGCUUGCCAGAAUCAUUCGCAAGAUCCCGGUUAAUACCGUCAGGGAACGGCGAAAGCGGCUCAACGAGCUCUUCGAAGAAGUUCUUGUAUCUGCAGACCCGACACACGGCAUUACGUUCCACUCGUGUCUCAUGAUCCUCGCACAUUACAACGUGAUCACCGACAGCAAAAGUCUCAGACUCGAGGAGUUCUUGCGACGCCGCGCAAAACUGCAGCGCGUAGAGGAGGCAGUCCGUCGCAACACAGUUAUCGGGUUCUUCAAAACCCUCACUGCUGCUCGGGAGUUCAGAAGAGCGAUCGAGCACAAGAGAUCCGCUAGGAUGACCUUCGUGCCUCAAUUCAACGUGCCUGAGAUCUACGUGGACGACGAACCGCAAAAUCUGGUUGACCGACAGUCUGAAGAGGACCCACGGGGGUCGGCGCGCAACAGCGGGGCGGAACCCUCAAUGCUCUCACCCACAUCGACGGGUCGCGGAGAAGCUGGACCGCCACAGCUGCCGCGGAUCAACACAAAUGUUGGCGGUCGGUUGGACUCCGGAGCUAGCUCGCCAUCGGAAUGGUCGAAUGUCAGUAUUUCCUUAUCGCCAAACCGGGAGCGAGCGCACACAACUAGUUCAUAUGAUCCGCCAUCGGCAGGGGCAUCGGCAACAUCUGAGCAUUCGCGCCACAACAGCACGAUGGCGGUACAAGAUGUGAUGCAGUCCCUAGGCGAUUCUGCGUGGGGUGAGAGUAUCCGACGCAGUUUCACGCAGCGACGGCCAAGGGACGAGACAUAA